GAAAGCAUUUCUAGAUUGCGAGGAGGUGCGAGACAACAUUAACAUUCUGACUUAUUAUCUAGGAUUUUACAUAAAUACUGCGGAAAGUUACCCAAUAUUUCAACAAGAAAGAACAAAGUGACUAAGAGACUAAAAUGGAUAUAUACUAGGCGAUUAACGCUCACAUGAGCUCGCACUUAGCUUGAUUGCGCGAGACUCCAGUCACAUCCCAUCAUCCAUGCCCUUCCCUUUACUUCCUACCAUAAGUACUUAAGCUGAUCUGUACUCAGUGUCACUCACCGUGCUGCAAGAUAUAAUGCAAAUGCUUAGGGCCACAUACAUCUGUGGCCCAACAAUGAGCCCCAGAAACUUCUCCGUCUUGCCUCCAGUACGCCUCUCACCCCUCCGCAGUAUCUGCCACAAGCCCAUCAAGACCUUGCUCAACGCCAACCAGGAGUGGGCACAGAGCGUAGUAAAGGACACACCCGACUUUUUUGCCCGGUCAGCCACCAGCCAGAACCCCAAGGUAUGCCAAUCGCUCUGUUUUCAGUCACGUUUUCAAAGUUUAUUUCAGAUCCUUUGGAUUGGCUGCUCUGACUCACGAGUACCGGAAUCAGUCAUCACAGCAUCUAAGCCUGGUGAUAUCUUUGUGCACAGAAACGUUGCCAACCAAUUUCACCUCCAUGACGACAGCGCCCUCUCAGUCCUUACAUUUGCUAUCAAAGAAGUCGGCGUUGAACACGUCAUCCUUGUCGGUCACACCAACUGCGGAGGUGCCAUGGCUUGCAUAGAAGCAGCCAAAGUCGCUGCCGCUAACCACGGCGUGUCCACCCCACUCACGCGCUGGUUGAGCCCCCUCACCGCACUUGUUCAAUCCCUCGACCUUUCCGCGUACUCUGCGAGCGAGGCGUUGAGAAAGGUCGUUGAAGCUAAUAUCAUCAAGCAGGUCGACAAUAUCUGCAAGUCAGAGCCUAUUACCACUGCCUGGGCGGACCCGAAUGCGAAAAAGGUUGCUGUGCACGGAUGGAUGUACGAUCUUGCUAAGGGACGCAUCGAGGAGCUCGUCGUUCGGGACUCUUAGGCAUGACAAGAACAUAUUACGACUUGUCCAUUUUUUAUGCCAAUACAAUCUCCAAGGCCGCGCGCCAAAUUCAUGG